GUCAAAAAUUUCACAGAAGUCCAGUUUUUCGCGGGUGUGAUCGGUGAAACGGUUAUUCCUCUCUCUCUCUCCAUUGUCGUCUGACUUGUUCUCCCUCACCGCCAGGACUACGGCGGAGAUCACAUAGGAAAAGCAGACGAAAUAUUCCGUCAUCUCCAUCUCCGCCAUCAACGCCGGCCAAUUUGAUCGGCGAUUCCUAGAGUGGGAUUUCUUGUGGCAGAAGGAUACAAGUGAUUCAUUGAUAGACUGGUAGAUUUGGAUCUUGGUAAAAGGGAGGAGAAGAAAUGUCCAGCUACGAGGGGGUUCUGGUUUCCGAUCCAUGGCUUCAGGGCCAAUUUACUCAAGUUGAGCUGCGUGACCUAAAAUCAAAGUUUCUAGCUGCAAGAAAUCAGCUAAAUAAAGUCACUUUGGGAGAUUUGCCAACAAUUAUGAGCCAAUUAAAGGCCUUUAGUAAUGUGUUCGGCGAGGGAGAAAUUAAGGCCAUAUUGUCUGAAUCAUCUUCUGACUUGAAUGAAGAAAUCGAUUUUGAAUCCUUUCUUCGGGCAUUUCUCAAUCUGCAGGCGAGGGCCCCAACGACCUCAGGCAAUUCGAAGCUAAAAGCCGCAACGUCUUUUCUCAAAGCUGCCACAACAACACUUCGCCACACAAUUAGCGAGUCUGAGAAGGCCUCUUAUGUGGCACAUAUCAAUAGUUUUCUUGGAAAUGACAAGUUCUUGAAGGAUUACCUUCCAUUAGAUCCUUCAACCAAUGCAAUGUUUGAUCUUGCAAAGGAUGGUGUCCUGCUGUGUAAGCUCAUUAAUGUUGCUGUUCCUGGAACAAUAGACGAACGCGCAAUUAAUACCAAAAAAUUUCUUAAUCCAUGGGAAAGAAAUGAAAACCACACACUUUGCCUCAAUUCUGCAAAGGCCAUUGGUUGCACCGUGGUCAACAUUGGUACACAGGAUCUGGUUGAAGGAAGACCACAUCUCAUCCUUGGAUUGAUUUCUCAAAUAAUCAAGAUACAGCUCUUAGCCGAUCUCAAUCUUAGGAAAACUCCACAACUCCUAGAAUUGGCUGAGGAUAGUCAGGACGUGGAAGAGCUCCUUGGCUUAUCUCCAGAAAAAAUAUUACUGAAAUGGAUGAAUUUUCAUCUUAAAAAAGUUGGCUACAAGAAGCAGGUUACGAACUUCUCUUCUGAUUUAAAGGAUGGAGAGGCAUAUGCUCACUUGCUUAAUGCACUUGCGCCUGAACAUGGCACAAGCAGCACACUUGAUACAAAAGAUCCUACAGAAAGAGCAAACUUGAUUCUUGAGCAUGCAGACAAAUUGGAUUGCAAAAGAUAUGUCACCGCGAAGGACAUCGUUGAGGGGUCAACAAAUUUGAAUCUCGCAUUUGUCGCUCAGCUAUUCCAACGCAGGAAUGGAUUGUCGAUAGAAAACUCAAAGUUGUCUUUUGCCACAAUGAUGACCGACGAUGAUCAAACCUCAAGAGACGAAAGAUGCUUCCGGUUGUGGAUCAACAGUCUGGGAGUUGAUACAUAUGUCAACAACUUAUUCGAGGAUGUUCGAAACGGGUGGGUUCUGUUGGAAGUGCUUGAGAAAGUGUCAUGCGGGUCGGUUAACUGGAAGCAAGCCACGAAACCUCCAAUCAAGAUGCCUUUCAGAAAAGUUGAGAACUGCAACCAGGUCAUAAGGAUUGGAAAGGAACUGAAUUUCUCUCUUGUAAAUGUACAAGGAAAUGAUAUUGUGCAAGGAAACAAGAAGCUUAUCUUAGCUUUUCUAUGGCAGUUGAUGAGGUUUAGCAUGCUCCAGCUUUUGAAAAACUUGAGGUUUUACUCUCAAGGGAAGGAGAUAACAGAUGCUGACAUUCUGAAUUGGGCAAAUAGAAAAGUAAAGAGUGCAGGCAGGAAAAGGCAAAUGGAGAGCUUCAAAGACAAAAGUCUUUCAGAUGGACUGUUUUUUCUUGAACUUUUAAGUGUUGUGGAGCCAAGGGUUGUAAACUGGAGCCUUGUCACCAAGGGGGUAACAGAUGAGGAUAAGAAGCUAAAUGCAACAUAUAUCAUCAGUGUCGCUCGGAAAAUUGGGUGCUCCAUCUUUUUGUUGCCCGAGGACAUAAUGGAGGUGAACCAGAAAAUGAUUCUGACAUUGACAGCAAGCAUAAUGUACUGGAGCCUAGAGAAGAAAACAAAGGAGUCGGAGAGCGGUUCAUCCUCCCCGAUGCGGAGUAACAACGAACAACCUCCUACUCCCACAACCAAGGAAUGAUUUUGAACAAAAAGUAAAUAAUUUUUCCUCUUUUUUUAUAUGAUACCGGGUGCCAUUUUAGGAAUGGCAUCGCGUCCUGCUUGACCUACAUGACUAAUGGCAUUUGAAUCAUUUGGUCCAACAAAAUUUGACUCACAAAGAACGGCGGACCGAGAAAACCCUGUGUUGAUUGUAUUGCCUCUUUUUUUUAUGAACUUCAUUUGUACUGUGAAUUUGAACAAUGGAGAUGUGAAGAAAGAGGUUGAUAUGAA